AUGGUCCAGCAGUUUUGGGCCUUUUAUCUUUUCCCACUGUUCCUUGCUGGCUUCGCUCAGGAGACCCUGAAGCCACAGGAGAUGAAGGUGGAUUGUGACAAAGGGGUGACCGGCACCAUUUACGAAUAUGGAGCCCUCACUCUUAAUGGUGAGGAGUAUAUCAAAUUCCAGCAAUAUGCAGGCAAGCACGUCCUGUUUGUCAACGUGGCCACCUUCUGAGGCUUGACAGCUCAGUAUCCUGAACUGAAUGCACUACAGGAGGAACUGAAGCAAUCCAAUGUCAUCGUGUUGGGCUUUCCCUGCAACCAGUUUGGAAAACAAGAACCAGGAAAGAACUCAGAGAUCCUCUCUGGGCUCAAGUAUGUGCGUCCAGGUGGUGGCUUUGUCCCUAAUUUCCAGCUCUUUGAGAAAGGAGAUGUUAAUGGAGAAAAUGAACAAAAGGUCUAUACCUUCUUGAAGAAUUCCUGCCCUCCAACUUCUGAACUUUUGGGUUCAUCGAAACAACUCUUUUGGGAACCUAUGAAGAUCCAUGACAUCCGCUGGAACUUUGAGAAGUUUCUGGUAGGGCCUGAUGGAGUCCCCGUCAUGCGCUGGUUCCACAAGAUUCCAGUGAGCACAGUCAAGUCAGAUAUCAUUCAGUACCUAAAUAUGUCUGAUACCCAGUAA